UUUCACCUUUUACUAAGGUUUUCUGUUUGUGUGAUGCCGGUUCCCGUUGAAAUGGAAGACGAUGAUGCUGUUGAGAAAGUUGAUGUAACGACCGGAUUGCUCGACAACCUGCGCAAAAUAUCCCAAGAGAAAACUUGGAUUCGAGCGUCUGCGGAUAUUGUUCGUCAUUUCUGGAGUAAAAGUGCAACAGAGAUACAGGAUGACGGAGUUGAUUCGAAAGAAGAUGAAAAGGACUUCGAAUACGUUCUGAAGCGUCUGCUGAGCGGAUUAACCUCCUGCGAAUACCGAAUGCAGUACUACACAUGUCUAAGGGAGCUUUUGACGAUUCGAUCCAAAUCUCUGGUAUACCUCACUUCGUUGACUUCGGACAUUUUCCGUGCCCAACAAAACUCCACGAAAAGAGAAACCGGAAACGCUAAUCUCGCCAAGUUGUUGUUAGCAAACCUGUAUUGUGACCUAGCGACGAGCAUCACUCAGCAGGAAUGCAUUGCACUCGUAGAUAUAUACUGCGAACUGAUGCAGGAGAAGGCUUUCAUCGUUUCCAAAGCCACUCAAUACCUGAUACGACUCCUGGACCUGACGCCAACAUCGUCGACGAAAGUUUGGAAGCACGUGACGUCCAAGGUGUCACAGUUCGUCGAGAAACGUGCAAAAAUAUUUGAGUUUUUGGGACUAGCGAUGUUUUUGGAGCAUAAUGGCAUGGAGGUGCGAAACGUGGACUGUUUCGUGGAUAGCAACACGUUUUUCCAUCACACUGCCCUUCCUGCGAUUGUCGAAGCAUUUCUAUUUCAAGCCAACUCGUACCCGAGAAUCCAUUUUCUCAUCCCCAGGAUUGUUCAAAUUUUGGGCGAAAGAAAUCUGCUCGGAAAAUUUGUGAAACUUCUAGGUCUCAAGCAGGGAACCACGAGAACCCACAUCGGCAUGUUCCUGUCUGUGGUCACAUUUUCAGUGCCUUACAUGAAAGAUGAAACUAUAGUCCGUCAGAUUCUGACACCCGCGGUUAUUGAGCUGCUUUUGAAAGUGGGAAAAUUCGAGAAGAUCCCAGAAAAAUUCAAGAAUAAAGAGAAAAUGAAGUUCAUCGUGGGAGAACAGAAGCCGGUGAAGAAGCUGAUGACUACUUUGCUCGAUCACCUGUGCGAAAAAUCAACGGAUCUGGAAUCUACGAAGUGCGCUGUCUUGGAGUGCUUCCUGUCUUGUGAAGCUGCAUUUCAUUUUGACAAAGUCAUGGGUACGAAGACUAUGGAAGCCUUGUUACUUGCGUCUCGUGAGUGCCAAACUGUUGAAACGGUGGCCAAGAAAUGUCUCGUAAGUUUUGUCGAGAAACCGCAGACGUCUUCGGAGUAUUUGGAAGAUGAAAACGAAGAGAGCGGCGAGAUUUCACGAGUGCCCAGUUUUGCCAAGAAAAUCUCGGCUGCUUCACUCCUCGCCAGCUGCGUACUUCAUCCGGCUUUCAGAAAUAGUCCGUUGAGAACGAAUUGCAUAAAGCACUUGGUAGCUCUACCCAUUUUCCGACCGAAAUCGCAAGAUUCGCGCGCGUUUGUGAAAGUGUUCAAGCGAGAACAUCCUUGGGCUUCCGACAAAUGCGCCGAUGAUUUAAACAAAGAGUUGAUCACGUUUAUCGAGAAGAUAGUUUUGCACACGUCGUGGAAGACGAAGUUCCGCGGGGAUCUCAGCGAAAUGGUAGCCAUUGUUCGUGAGGUAGUGGAUAUCAUCGAUUACUUUCUGAAGGAGAAGUCUGUCAUCUCGUCGUGGAAGCUGCUUGAGUCGAGGCGUGACGACUGGACUAAGUGCUCCGCAGCGCUUCACGAUUGCAUCGGACGGAUAAACAAAACUGAAUCCCCGGAUCCGGAUCAAGUUUUUUUCCUCGUACUAUCUUUGAAUAUGUUCCGCCUGAUCACCGACCCGAUUGGAGUCAGCUUGACUGACGAUCUUCUUGAAUCCCGGAAACGAGCUUCGGGCGAAAACGCGGAAGGGCCACACUGGUGCGAAGUACUGAUUGGCAUCAUGUUGGAAAUGCUGUCAGCCGAAAAGCGGAUAUACCGAGAAUUCCUUUCGUCGACCGUUAGUUACCUGGCGCCGUUUGUCACUCGGGACUGCGUUGAUAUAAUUCUGGAUCACGUCGACGUUCCGGAAGAUUCAGAAGGCAUGUUCACUGUUAUUGAUGAAGAUGGCGAGAGUGAUGUCGAAGAGAGCGAUGGUGAUGUCGAGGACGAGAAGGAAUUGGACAACGGAUUUAGGGAUCAUGUUAAAUCCGCCUUGGGUGAUAUGGCAGCAGAAACAGAUCUAGAAUCUGUCAACAUCAGCGACCUCGGUACAGAAGAAAUGGAAGGCCUUGACCGUGCUUUGGCGAAAGCAUUUGGCAACACGAAAGCGGGCGUGAAAAAUCUCCGGAAAGACAGCAAGCGUGCGGAGAGUCUCGAGAUGAAUUUGAAAAUAAAAGCCAUCGACUUCGUAGAAAGGAUCUUAUUCAAUGAUAAAUCUGUCGUGGAGUACGACUUAUUUUUGUUGAUCGUCAAACGGCUGGCAAACGCUGUACGCACUGGAUUGAAAGACCUGAGUUCGUACAAAUACCUUACGGAGAGAAUCUGCUCCGUGUUCGUCAAGCUGUCCAAGAACUUGAUGGAAGACAAUAAAAUUGUGCCCACGAGGGUGGAUGGUCUUGAAGAUGUCUUCGAACUCAUGGGGGAUAUCAUAAAGAAAAGUCAAUGUCCCACAGUGGGAAUAGCUGUUGGAAACAUGUGGAUGCGAUUAUUAUUGGAUGCUACCAGGUGCAAACAUUUUGGAAAGCAAAUGGGGAAUAAACAUGUUGAAAAGUUCAUCGAUCUUCUUUCAGACUUCUCGAGAGGAACAUCGAAAGUGAACGUGAACGUGUUUGCGAACAUCGUUCGAUAUCCUUGGCCCGGUCACGUCCAGUUUUUGGAAUCAGUAGCCGAAAAAGUUUUCGAAGAAAGCACCAAAGAGCACAAGAAAGUCGGUCUUUGUGGCGUUAUUCGCAAAAACAUCAAAUUUCUCAUUUCGAGACAGUCGAAGUCUGAUGUUGCUACGGUUUUAUCGAUGUGGAUGUCAAAACUUUGGGAAGAGCUGAAGGCUCAGAGAAACGAUGAUGCGAAGACGAGAUGGCUGAAAGAAUGCUGCGGAUUGCUGAACCUGUUGUGCAAAUUGGCGAAUAAUACGGAAUUGUCAGUUGACCCAAAAGUCGAAACGAAGGAGGCCUUAGCUGUUUUGGCGAAGAACGUGAAUUUGAAGAAAAGACCGGACGUAAUGGGCGCUUUUAAAUGCCUCGCUAAUACUUGUGGACUUCCACCGUCUGAGCUACCGACGUUCUCACCGUCAACCAUGAAGCGGAAAGCUGCGGAAGAAAAUAAGCUGACCGACGAAGAACCGUUGAAGAAACGAAAGAAAAAUACAUUCGCCCGUGCGCAGAAAAAGCGAGAGGAGAACGAACGACGCAAUGCCAGAUUCAAUGAUGGACAACUUGGCGCUGUGAAUUUCAGUUCCUUAGUUCAAAAGGACUACGGAGCGGAUGAGAAAAAAUAAACAAAUUUCUCUGCGGACA